AUGCUCCCCGACACUUCUUCCUACUUUGACCGUCUCACAAAAAAUAAUGAGGUACCGAUCGACAGCACAAUGGCUGAAGUCAGGAAGUUGCUCUCAGACCCGUUAAAGCAACUCGAAGAAAUAGAGAUGGAGACAAAACGUCUGGAGACUAAACGACUCGAUAUUGAAGCAUCCAUCCGAAAUUUCCGUCGUAUACUAGCACCAGUUCGCCGGGUGCCACAUGACAUUCUCUGUACAAUUUUCGAACACUGUCUACCUACAGACCGGAACCCCACAAUGGCCGCCGACGAGGCACCGAUGCUGCUCACUCGAGUGUGUAGCACUUGGAGAUCAAUCGCAAUGGGCUCCCCGCGUCUUUGGGCACAGAUAUACAUCCCAUUCCGCAGGGAAACGGAUGACUAUCGCUAUCAAAGGUGGGCCGGGGACCCAGUUGUCCCGCAGAAUUUAAUGACAACUGUUUUGCAAAACCGAUGUUAUGCUAUCCAAGAAUGGCUUUCGCGCUCCGGAGACCUCCCUCUAUCAAUAUCUAUUGGCUACCAACGUGGUUUGCCCCGGAAUUAUACAGCUAAUAUCGACGCAGUAGCCAUUGAUAAGCUCACACAAAUGCUGCUAGAAAUACUCCUCCUACUAUCGCCGAGGUGGCAGAGCUUGGACAUCAAUUUACCUGACGGUAUGUAUUAUGAACUUGAAAAGAUGUUAUCAACACAUACCCUGCCGUUUCUUCGGAGAUUGAGAAUUUCAACCUUCCCUCUGCCGGACUGGACACCAGGACGUUUUCCACCGACAAGUCUAUUGCGCGCACCAAACUUAAAAUACGUUUCCCUCACCUGUGGCAAGGUUACAGACUUGCUGCCGGCUGUCAAUCAUGUGUCCAGUCCACUUACAGGGUGGAGCACAGGCAUUACCAACGUAUCGUUAUCAACAUGUGGAUUAAAAUCCUGUGUAGCUUUGUUCAAGAGUCACCCGACGCUUGUAAAAUGUAACCUAUUCCUGGAACCCGAUAAUUGGCAACCUGACAAUGAAACUGUUAUUCCAAAAACCAUCCAUUCACCUCACCUUCAUUCACUCUGGAUCAACACCGGUGGUAACCUUGGUCUACUCAACUUUGCACCCGCUUUAUUCAAUGCUAUCCAAGCUCCAAACUUACAACACUUUGCAUACUAUAAUUCCAGCGGGCCCUAUGGUGAUACCCUCAGCGAAAUAGCAAACGAUGAACUCCCCUUAUCCUUUUUCCACGGAGCAAUUAACUUGACAAGCCUCGAAAUCGACAGGUUCUUUUUAAAGCCGUCAAAUAUCCUCGCCAUUCUGGAAUCACUGCCCAGGCUGACCCGGCUUGCGUUCACUGCUAAACACGAUAUAACUUCCAGCCAAUUUGCCUCAUUAGAAAUGGAGACAUUCGACUUGGAAGCUCUGGUGAUUCGACGUGAUGUUGAUGGGGAGCUGAAUCCGUCUACUUCAACUUCCAUUCAGCUUCUUCCUUGUCUAGAGGUUUUCGAGCUUCACCGGGCCAUUGUAACGGACGAACAAGUCUUACGCUUUAUUUCCAGCCGGAUGAAUCCCAAAUCACAUAUUGCAGUCCUCAAGACGGUGAAAGUGUAUUUCGACCGACUUAAAGAGUACGAUGGUAGCCUUGACCUAGUAGAGGAAACACGAUGUCGCGCAGACACGGCAGGCAUUCAGAUACACACCAAAUUUCGCUACUCUUUAACGAUCUUUGAUGUCGAAAAGAGCCGUAAUUUUCUGUCGCCUUCAUACAAAGCUUCCGAGCAGAAGUAUGACAACAAUGAGGAAUGGGCGAAGUAA